CACUUCAACUAUAUGAAAAGGUUUACCAAGUUCGCGGGCCUGGCGCAGUCCUUUGAAUGUGGCUCGCUCCAAGAACGACACCUCAAUAACCGGCCCAACGAUCAAAUCCCCCAGUCUCAUGUGGAGGAGGCUUCUGACGUGACGUUCAAAAUUGUAGCAAUGCUGAAAGACAUCACCAUCAGCAAACCAAGAGGUAGCAAAAUCAACAUCUCCUGGUCCAGCUCCAUCGAGUUCUCCUGUCACAACUUCUUCUCCCCUCAAAGACUACAAGACAACCUCGAGCUGUUCUGGUCGUGUUGGUAUCCUAACUGCCCCAUCAUUCACAAACCAUCCUUCUCGACCUCCAACGCAUCGCCCAUGCUCAUCGCCGCCAUGGCCGUCUUGGGAGCAUGCCUCUCUCCGUCGCCGAGCGUCCGCGCGAACGCCAACAUUUGGUUCAAUAGUGUAGAAGAACUCGCCUUCCUCGACGAGGCUCUUCUUGACGAGUCUAUCACUGUUGACGAUUCCAUCUCAUGUGACGAUGACGCGGUCUAUAGGCGCCUCGAAGCGAUCCAAGCUGCCUACUUGGUUUGUCUGAUACAGUAUUGGGAGGGUGUUAAACCGAGUAAGCGUCGUAUCCGGAGGAACAGAUAUGCUGUUGUCUUGGAUGUAACAAGAGACUUUGGUUUAGGUGAUCUUUCCCGUCAUAAGCUGCCGGUUGAUUAUUCCUCCACUUUCAGUUGGAAAAGGUUUGUAUUACUGGAGAUGCUUAUUCGAACUGGGACCUACAUCUUCCUACUCGAUGGUGCGUUUGUCAUCUUCCACAACUCACCUCCGAGACUCGUCGUCGCCGAGAUGAGAAUGAGUCUCGUCUGCCCCGACUCUUGCUUCCAAGCGUCCUCUCAAGAAGAGUGCUUCGUUCUCCUACAUAAUUGGAUCUCGAGCGAACCGAGACAAGCUCAGAUGCGAGUCGUUGAUCUCGUCGAGGCCAUGUGCAACAACCACCUCAGCGACGAAGAAACUUGCCAAGGUCUAGCGGGUCUCAGCAUGCUGAACCUGUUCACGGGCAUCACUGCAUUACACACCCUCGGCUUCCACUACGAGGUAUCUCUCGCGCCCAACAGCGGGUCGUGGCACCUUCAGAUGGGGUUGAACCGAUGGAUUUCGCUCUAUGACCAGGCCGACAGCUGGGUUGUUGAAAAUUCACCCGGUCUCCUGCUGUGCGACGAAUUGUGGCGACGGCUGGGUUUCAUACGCCACGCAAAGGAAUUUUGGAUGCUUGCUCAGUUGAUGCUGGAUAAGUCG